AUGGAAUCUACAAAUAAUAUGGAACAGUAUAUGCAAUCUCAUCCUCCUAUCAUCCCUCAAUCUUAUCCUUGGCUUGUAAUUCGUGAUGGCAAACAUCUAGAAAGGCAAAAAAUUUUCAACUUAUCAAAGGAUAAAUAUUACUCAAUAACAAUUCCUGAGAUGCACAAUAAGAUGAUAUGCACUAGCACCAACGAAUGGUUGUUGUUAAAUGAUCUUGAUUCAAAGGAUCUUUCUCUUUUGAAUCUUCUUUCGAUGGAGGUGGUGCAGCUCCCAAGGUUGGAAUCCUUUACGGAUUCAGAUGUUUGUAUUCUCUCCCCACCAACAAGUGAAUCCAACCAAGAUUGUUAUGUAAUGAUCAUUCAUCGUUCGCCAUGUAGAUUUUAUUUCUGCCAACCUGGUGAUGAGGAAUUUAGUGAACAAGAGUUUGAAUUUGAUUUGGAAUUUGGAGCAAUGGGCAUUUCGGCCGCAACAAUGUUUAGAGGGAAGGUUUACUUUUUGACCAGAUUUUCAAGCAUAGAUGUUGUUUCUGUUAAUGCAUUGUUUACGGCUGAAUCUGUGGGUUCAAAUCUUCAUUUUACAAGAAUUACAAGGGAGGACUUUCCUCGACCAUCACCUCCAGAAAUACCCACAACUAAUGACUAUCUUAUUGAAUCUGGUGGUGAGCUCUUAUAUAUUCAUAAGAUGAGAGGUGGAUGGGAUGCUAAGAUGAUUCUUGGCUUCAUCAUUUUACGAAUGAAUUUUUUAAGACAAGCAUGGGAGGAAGUGAACAACAUAGGAGGGUGGACUCUUUUUCUUUCUCAAGAUCGUGGUUUGGAGCAUAAGGCUAUAUCUUGUUUUGCAGCAGAAGAGGGAGUUAAGCAGAAUUCAAUCUAUUUUACAAAGCCUUUUGAUAGAUUCUAUUAUGUUUUUGACCUAGAAAAUAAUAGUAUUUCGAAGUCUUUACCUUGUCCCACUGUAAGCAAAUUUAUGUCACGACUGGAUUGGGUUUUAAUUCCUAGAACAAAGUCAUAA